AUGCCUUUCAAUUACCAGUCGACAGGCGAACGGCCCACUGGGGACUACGACUCAGAAGCUAUCACUGUGUACGCCAUUACCUAUGCGUUAUCUAAAUGCCCAUGUGAGACCGAUGCGCUGAAGGGAUCUAGGAGCACACGGCGAAUGACCACUCAAUCCUGGAUCAUCAUCGCCACUCUCCUUUUUGGUUUACCCUUUCUUUUCGAAACCACUGCGCACGUAGCAAACCAAUGCCCACUCUCCUACGGUAGUAGGGCACAAAUACGGGAAGAAUGGCAGAAGGAAGUUUCUGCUCAAGAGCGCCUCCACCAUGAGUGGCAUCGUGAAAAAGUGGAUCAGGAAAACCUUCGCUUGGAAUGGUUAUUAGAAGAGAGACAUCAUGAAGAGCAAACGAAGCAGCGCCGGCAACGUGAAGAAGAGUACGAAGAAGAUAUGCGACAGGAAUGGAAAAAGGAAACUGAGAAUCAUUUGAAACAUCAAGCAGAAGAGCGUCGUCGGUGGGAAAUCGAGGAGGAGAACCACUGGCAAGAGAUGGAACAGCUGCGCCUCGAGUGGCAACGCGAAGAAGAGGAACAGAGGCACAAAAUGGAUAGACAGCGCGAGGAGUGGCACAGGGAAAUGGAAGAACACGACCGCUUGGAAAGAGAACGCCGUGACCAAGAGAAGCGUGAACGUCAGAAGAUGGGCAUGUUUUGGGAUCAGGUGGAGGCACACCACUGUACCACUUACGCCACGAGGGAGUACUCGGCUGUUCUUGCAAAUCUUCCAGUCGACUACCCCCAUCGAGUUGAAGCUUGCAAGGAGAUACCGAUAGAGAUUCAUGGCAAGAGCUACCUGCCAAAGCACUGCGAGGAUCAAGGCCCAGGCGUAGUGAUUGGACGAUGGGAAAUCAAUCAUAACGAGCCCGAUUGUGUUCCCUUCUGGAAUUGGUUCAAAGACAAGGGCUGCACGUCCGAGCGAUCUGGAAGGAGGCGUUUCGAACAUUACCUUGAGAAUUUGCCUUAUGGUGGCGACUGGCGAGAAUUCUGUGCCACCACCCCUGUCAGCUUCCACGGAAUGCACUUUCCUGGUGCCCAAAUAUGUUUCCAAUAUAAUCUUGGAACUUACGGACACUGGGAGAUAGAAGAUAAUAGUUGCUAA